AUGGGGUUCUCGCACACCGGACGGCACACAGCAACGACAACGCUCGAGGCAACACAAGGAGAACAGGCCAGCGCCGCUCCCCCGCCAGCUCUUACCUUCUGCCAGUUCAGGGGCAGCCUCUUCGGGGCAGCCACGGAGCCCGCAGCAGAUUACCGGGCAGCCAGGCACAAGGCACCGCCGGAUGCCCCGGGAGCAUCAGCACCUAAAUGGGAGCGUGGCGGACCUCACUGGCCUGUCCUGAGGCGGACAGCGGCGGCUGCUGCCUCUGCGGCGUUUCCCGGUGUCUCGGUGGCCGUCAGUGCCGCCUUCGCCCUUCAGACUUCCAGUUACUCAUUGUCAUUUACAGCGCCAGCCGAGCGCGCCUCCAAACAGCUCCUGAACCAUGAGAGCACCCACAUUUACAGCAGCACAGCCAACAGCACUUCAGAGAUAAGGUGGUGCAACCUUUUAUCCAUGCCGGUGCCGCGGCCGUCAGCUUCUCGCCCGCGCCGCGCCUCUCCCUGCGGGCUGGACCUGCGCGACGCGCCCGGGAUGGACGGGAGGGCGCCGGGGAGGCGGCCGCGGGCCGCCCGCAAGAGGGCGACCGGCAGCGGGGGGCCCCCCGGCCAGGCCCCGAAGAGGAGGAGGAAGCGGCCCCUCGCGGCCCCCCGCAGGGCGGCCCCCCGCUACCUCGUGCACGAGACCGACGACGACGUGCUGCUGCUCAUUCCCAACGUGGGGGCGGCUCCCGAGCGCCCGCGCCAGAAAGUGCCCGGGAAGAGGGAGCGGACGCAGAAGCCGGUGCGGAAGAGGCCGCAGCAGAAGCGCGCGGGGGAGAGAGGAAGCGGCCCGGAGCAGGGCAUUGAAGGAGGGCCUGUGGCCGGCCAGCAGGUGCCUCCCGGCCUCCCCGAGGGAGAAGGGGAGGCGCUCCCUCCAGCCGCCCCGUCGGCUGCACAGGGGGCCUGGGGCAAGCAGCUCCCCGUGGAGAUCCUGGUCCAGAUAUUCCGGCUCGUGGUGGCGUUGGAAGGCUCUGUGCCCUUCCUCUGCAGGAUGGCUCGGGUGUGCCAGCUCUGGUAUGGCGCCGCUUCCAGUCCUGCGCUUUGGAAGAAGGUGUCUGUCAGCCAUUGCUGGACAACCCCCAGCAAAAAAUGUCCCCCUGCCCUAGAGAAGAGAGUCCUGGGCACAGUGGAGUGGCUGGCUGCCAACAGAUUUUCCCAUCUCCAAGACUUUGCUCUCUGUCACUGGAAGAGUCACGUGGCUUUCGUCCUGAAGGCACUUGGCAGUUCUUGUCCUCUCCUUGCAUCUCUCAAACUGUCCUAUUGCGGUGGGGUCACCACAGAGUCCCUGUGCGCACUGGCCGGAUGCUGCCCGCAGCUUAAUAGUCUGAAUCUGCAGAACUCCCAGGUUGACUCCUCAGCAGUGCUCAGACUCCUGGAAGCCGCUGGCCCUCGGAUCCGGUGCCUGUGGCUGACGUACAGCAGCCGAAUGAGCGCCAUUAUGGCUGUGCUCUCGAGUGGCAGCUGUCCGGAACUGCGGCUCCUGGAUGUGAACACGGAAAUUGAGCAGAGCAACCAGCACUUCCAGCUGCCCGUUGAACAGCUCCAAGCAGCCUGCCCCCAGCUGCAGGUGCUGCGCCUGAUCAACAUCGUCUCCUUCCCCAAGCCCCUCCCCGCCUCCGCCCCCAGCUGCCCGGGCUUCCCGCUGCUCGAGGAGCUGUGCCUGGCCACUGCGUACUUCUCCCUGGUGGACGACCGCAUGCUCCAGCGCCUCCUGCGCGCCUCGAGCCGGCUCCGCGUGCUGGACCUGCGCGGCUGCUUCCGCGUGACGCCCAGGGGCUUGGGCCUGCUGCCGUGCCCAGACGUGGAGCAGCUCUACCUGGGCCUGUACUGCAGCGCCAACCACCUGCGCCUCCCCCUGGAGGGGAGCCCCCUCAUCACCGGGAAGUGGAGCCACAGCCUGCGGGAGCUGGACCUGACCGGCCAGUGCUUCAGCGAGAGCGACCUGGAGCAGGCGAUGGCCGCCUUCGCUCUGGAAGCAGGCACACGGCGGGAGCCGGUCCUGCGCUCCCUCAACGUCGCCGGGACCAAGGUUGCCGUCAGCACCGUCAGCGCCCUGAUCGCGAGCUGCCCUGCCCUCGGCUACCUCAACCUGUCGUCCUGUCGCCACUUGCCGCGGGGCACCAAGAAGGCGUACCGUGGCCGCGCGGAAAUCCACCAGUGCCUGCAGCAGCUGCUCUCCAGCUCCGAGGAGCCCGCCCGCGCAGAGGGGCCCACGUGACCGCGGCCUCCCCGAGGAGCCCGCCGUGCCAGCGCCGGUGCAGCCUCUCCUCCGCGACGGCUGCCCCGUUCUUCUCAGGAGCUGCGCCGAUCCUGGCGGGACCCCCAUCCCUGCCAGGGCGGCAUCCCUCCGGCCCACAGGGGCGUGCGCAGAGCCCCGCAGACGGCGGGGAGCCGGCGGGCCUCCCAGUGUCACAGGAGGGAACUUCUCAGGGCGCUCGUCUGCUUCCCUUUGUGCCUUGUGUGUGUCUUCUCUGGGGUGUGUAGAUCUCAAGUCGAGCAGCAUUAAAAGAAAGAGGUGCUUUGGUU